AUGAUCUUCCACGCCGAGAUAACAAUCGAGAUCAACAUCAACGACGGGAGGAGGGGGGUCAUCGGCGCGACCCAGAUAACAAUGAUAACCAACCCACCCGGGGAGUCAUUGCCUUUAUCUCUGGAGGAUCAGCAGGUGGGGACUCACAAAAUGCGAGACGGACCCUCGCUCGAUCAGCACAUACGAAGACCUGAUCAUAGCAUAGUCUUCAACUCCUCGGACCUCGAAGGUCCAGAUGAAGAUCAUGUCGAUGCGUUGGUAAUCACAACGUCGGUGGCCAACUUAUUGGUUAAGAAGAUAUUAGUGGACGGUGGGAGCUCAGCCGACAUCAUGUAUCUCCACACAUUCAAGCAGCUGGGCAUAGAUAACGCUCGGUUUAGCCCUAUCACUACACCACUACAAGGAUUUACGGGAGAGGGCAUUUUAUCCAUGGGGGAAGUGGAGUUACCCAUCUCCUUAUGGGACAAUCCUUGUCGAAUUACGAAGAUGAUAAAAUUCCUCAUCGUCGACAAACCAUCCCUUUAUAACAUCAUCCUAGGGAGGCUAGCGAUCCAUACAUUGAAGUCGGUGCCUUCAUUUUACCACCAAAAGUGGAAAUUCCCCACUCCUUAUGGAAUGGGAGAGCUAACAGCUGUUGAAGAGCUAAAAUCAGUAGAACUCAUACCCGGAGAUAAUUCUAAGCUUCUCCGCAUCGGAUCUUAUCUAGAUCAAGAAGUGGAGAAUCAGCUAGUUAACUUCCUUAGACACAAUGGGGAUGUGUUUGCUUGGAAGGCUCAAGAUUUGACGGGAAUUCCUCCCAAAGUAGCGUUGCAUCGACUAAACGUUGACAAAAGAUUGAAACCAGUCAAGCAAUGUAAAAGUAUUUUUGGUCUUGAGCGAAACAAACAUAUGAAAGAGGAAGUUGCAAAACUCUUAGAUGCAUGCCACAUUAGACCGGUUCAAUAUCUGGAGUGGUUAUCCAAUGUGGUAUUAGUACCUAAACUCGGAGGCAAGUGGAGGCUAUGUGUAGACUUCACCGACCUCAUCAAGGCAUGGCCCAAGGAUCCAUUUCCUUUACCAAGGAUCGACCAACUCAUAGACUCAACCCUAGGGUGCGAACUUCUCAGCUUCCUUGAUGCAUAUCAAGGAUACAACCAAAUAUUGUUCGCCCGAGAAGACCAAGAGAGAGCUAGCUUCAUUACAGACCAAGGUAUCUACUGCUAUCAAGUCAUGCUGUUCGGUCUCAAGAAUGCAUGA